AUGGUACUGGACGGUGAUUGGCUCCUUUCUUUGAGGCUCAGACCUAAAGGGUUAAAUGUGGGUGUGGUUCUAACCCCGGCCCCAGAGGACCCUCCAGGCCCCAGAGGACCCUCCAGACCCCAGAGGACCCUCCAGGCCCCAGAAGACCCUCCAGGCCCCAGAAGACCCUCCAGGCCCCAGAGGACCCUCCAGGCCCCAGAAGACCCUCCAGACCCCAGAGGACCCUCCAGGCCCCAGAAGACCCUCCAGGCCCCAGAGGACCCUCCAGGCCCCAGAAGACCCUCCAGACCCCAGCGGACCCUCCAGGCCCCAGAAGACCCUCCAGGCCCCAGAAGACCCUCCAGGCCCCAGAGGACCCUCCAGGCCCCAGAAGACCCUCCAGAGACCAGAGGACCCUCCAGACCCCAGAAGACCCUCCAGACACCAGAGGACCCUCCAGACCCCAGAGGACCCUCCAGGCCCCAGAAGACCCUCCAGACACCAGAGGACCCUCCAGGCCCCAGAAGACCCUCCAGACCCCAGAGGACCCUCCAGACCCCAGAGGACCCUCCAGGCCCCAGAAGACCCUCCAGACACCAGAGGACCCUCCAGGCCCCAGAAGACCCUCCAGACCCCAGAGGACCCUCCAGAUCCCAGAGGACCCUCCAGGCCCCAGAAGACCCUCCAGACCCCGGAGGACCCUCCAGGCCCCAGAAGACCCUCCAGACCCCAGAGGACCCUCCAGACACCAGAGGACCCUCCAGGCCCCAGAAGACCCUCCAGACCCCAGAAGACCCUCCAGACCCCGGAGGACCCUCCAGGCCCCAGAAGACCCUCCAGACCCCAGAGGACCCUCCAGACCCCAGAGGACCCUCCAGGCCCCAGAGGACCCUCCAGGCCCCAGAAGACCCUCCAGACCCCAGAAGACCCUCCAGACCCCAGAGGACCCUCCAGGCCUCAGAGGACCCUCCAGGCCCCAGAAGACCCACCAGACCCCAGAAGACCCUCCAGACCCCAGAGGACCCUCCAGGCCUCAGAGGACCCUCCAGGCCCCAGAGGACCCUCCAGGCCCCAGAGGACCCUCCAGGCCCCAGAAGACCCUCCAGACCCCAGAGGACCCUCCAGACCCCAGAGGACCCUCCAGAUCCCAGAGGACCCUCCAGACCCCAGAGGACCCUCCAGACCCCAGAGGACCCUCCAGGCCCCAGAGGACCCUCCAGACCCCAGAGGACCCUCCAGGCCCCAGAGGACCCUCCAGACCUGUACCUGUGCUCCCACUGUGAACUCCUUGACCCGUUGGACUCUGCUGAUGCUUUGGCAGACUCAGGUGUAGAACCAGGUCACUGUCAGACUGGACCUGGUCCUGGAUGGGAACUGGAGCGUGUGCGUUGA